GCAACAACCACUUGUUCAAGUUUUAAAAUCAUCGUUUUCAUUCCGUUAGUCAUCACCACCAGCAAAAAUAGCAUCCAGUGCGGAACAGUUGUUUUUUAUUGCUAUGUUGCGGCAAGUCUUAAUUAUCAACAACAGCUAGAUGAAACAUCCGGAACGAAUUUCGAAUCAAAUAUGAAUGAUUUUCCAUUAUAUGAUGAAUUUUUUACACCCACACAUGUAUUCAAUUUUUCAAAAACGGUUAAUAUAACCGGUGAAAGAAUUUGUGAAUGUUCAAAUGAUACAAUAUGCCGUUUAGAAGAAGAAAAUAUUAUUAAAUUGGAUGAAAUGAUUACGUUGAUAUUUUGUGAUCGAGUGGAUAAUAUAUUUAGACAUUCCUGUCAUGGAACACGAAGUUUAAUCCGUGUUAUCGGACGGAUUCAUGAAUCCGGUGAAGCUCUAACAACUAUAGUUCAGACAUUUCUAUUCUGUAAAUGUGAACGAGGUUAUCGACGAAUUCGUGUGGAAGCAUGGUUAAAUCAUUUAUAUGCAUUUAUUUAUCGAUGUUUAUAG